AUGGCCGACCAAGACUUAUUAGCCAACCUAAGGUCGUACAAGACACAGAACUACCUACUGGGCCAGGUGUCCGUGUGGCACAAGCUCCCAAUUGCACGAAGAGCGCUGGUAUUCAUCCUUCUUUUCGUUGGACAUUUGGGCGAGCUUCGGGUGGUGCUAACCAAGCGAUCUUCAAGGCUCAGAACGUUUCCAGGGCAUAUAUCGCUACCCGGAGGCAAAGCGGAUACAGGGUUGGAGCUGCCAUGGCAGGUAUCGAGAAGAGAAAUGAGUGAAGAGAUUGGGCUCAGUGAGGAUAAUGAGUAUCUUGCGAAAAACUACGGCUUCACUAUCGAACAUGUGAAUGAGUUGCCUUGCUACUUGCUGAGGACCAUGUCUUCUGUUAAACCGUGCAUUGGGUUCAUGAAAUUUAAGAAUAAUGGCAGCGACAAAGAGGAGCUCUUGGAAAACCUAAAGCUCAAGGUGAACCCGGGAGAGAGCUCCUCGAUCUUUAGCUGCCCUCUUCGAGACUUUUUAUACCCAGCUGUGGAGGAAGCAGCCCAGGAGGCGCUCGAAAGAACCCACUACUUGGUGAAAUGGGCUGGUAUCCCAUGGCACUUGAGGUCUUACACAUUUCCUCAAACAAAGCUGGGCGAAGCUUCGUGGCUACAAGAGUUCAAAGACAUUUCUGCAUCGGAGGAGGAAUCGGCAGAUGAUGAGGCAAAGAGAGCUCAAACGCCGCCGCUGUCGCCCACGAGACGAUACGUGAAGAAGAAAAAGAACUUAUCUAAGUGGGGUGCUCUCGGGUCUAGGGUUGACGAGGAGCUGCAAGUGAAGAUCUACGAUGUGUGGGGACUUACAGCAAACAUUCUUCAUGAUCUUGCGGAAGUGGUGUACUUGGGCCACUCUGUUGAAGGAAGGCAACUCGGCGAAGAAGAGCUCAUCCACAGUCUCUGGAAGCACGGUGAGCUUCAGGGCAAACAAAGGUCGAAGCGGGAAAAUGCUUGGAUCAACUCGACGCCAACCGACAAAGCCUCUUUUGGCUGGGUCAUCCCACGGCAAGAGUUCCUUCAUUUGAAGAGGUUGUACAAAAUGUAA